CACGCAUGGAAGCAUACGAAACAGUGUAUACUUCUUUUCAGUAAUCUGCAGGAUGCCGCCGUGAUCGUGUGGUGUCUAUAGUUUUCAUUCAAUAAAUCAGUUGUGUCACGUGUGUUUUGCGAAUUUAUAAUUUAAAGAAUAUACUAAUAUAAUCGUGUUUCGAUUCACAGUAUAUUUUGUUUUCGUUUAUACAAGAUUCAGUCAAAUCAAAGAGAACUGUUGAUCUUGCAGAGGAUGCAAUAGAUGCAUCGUUGAAUCCUGAUAUUAGGGCAUAUAUGUCCACGCCAAUUCGAUAUGAAUAUAGAAGAAAAAUCGUACAACGAGAGAAGAUGACAUUACGACGAUAUGUGUUCGCGGCGAUUAGGCGAACACUGCUGGCUGCUGGUAUCUUGACAUUGUUGGUGUUACUUCUAUCUAGCCAGGAUGCCGACAACAAUGUGCACCAAGGACUUUUGUUGGAGGAGGAUUCAAAUCUGACACCAGAGGAAAAAUUGAUGGAAGAAGCAGCAAUCGCUGAAACUGAAAAACGAUUGUAUGAAAGAAGGAAAUUUUUGGCAGAUAAAUGCGCUAAAGAAGGUUUAGAUCGAUUUGGAAACGAUUCUCUUCAUAGACCUAAUGCUUGGGAAUUUCUUGUAAAUAGAGAGUACCAUUUAAUAUGGUGUAAUGUCUUCAAAGCAGCUUCUACCUCUUGGAUGUAUAAUUUUAAUCUACUCGCGGGAUAUAGUCCGCAAUUCUUAAAGGCCUCAAAAGCAGUACCUGUUUCUUUAGCAAGGCAGAAAUAUCCCAGAUAUACAGCAGAUGAGUUGAACAAGUUCCUAAAUGACAGUAUCAGUUUUUUGAUAGUAAGGCACCCGUUUGAGAGAUUGCUCAGUGCUUACAGAGAUAAAUUGGAGCACAGCUUGCCACAUACAUUUCAUAGUAAUCUUGGAGCUCAUAUUGUUUGGAACUAUAGAUCUAGGGAUCCAAAGACAAAUGGACGACAUGGUCCAAGGUAUCCACUUUUUGAAGAAUUUGUACAGUGGUUAUUAUGUCAAUGGAAAGCUGGAAAUGAGCUUGAUAUGCAUUGGACUCCAGUUGUGAUUUUUUGCACACCAUGUCAAGUGCGAUUUGAUGUGAUUGCUAAAUUUGAAACGCUCCACGAAGAUCAAGAUUAUCUCAUAAAACAAGCCCAUGUAGGGCAUAUCAUUAAGCCAGAAUGGAAGAAUCCUACAAGAGGUGUUCAAACGAAGGAUGUAAUAAAGAAUUAUUUCGCUCAAUUGUCGAAAUCUCAAAUUAAAGAUCUUUAUGAGAUGUUUAGAUAUGAUUUUGUGCUUUUUGGAUAUUCUCCCGAUGAAUAUAUAGCACUUGGAAGAGAUGAAAACACGGUAUUAAUCUGUAAAAAUUAAUGAUAGUAUUUUAUAGAUAAAUAACAAACGCACUAGCGUUUGAAUUGUUUUUCUUUCUAUUUUAUCUUUUUUAAAUCAUAUAAAGCGAUAUCAAAAUGAUAUCAAUUACAACGAAUAUAUUUGAUAGAAUAUCUCACGAGUUAAGAUGAAAAAUAGAAACAUACCAAAAUUGUUCGAAUAAACAAUAAUCAUGCGAAACACUGCUGCAUUUAAAUUUUUAAUAAAUAAAGUGUUAUGAUAUAUUAAAUUGUUAAGGCCUAAGGCGAAUAAGUAUUUGUAAAUUGUUAUAAAUCAAUGUAAAAAUGAUUUUAAAUGUUUCAUAUAUAUAAAAAUAUUCCAUUGCUUAAA